CACAGCUCGUGAUUCGCAAGACACGACAGAACAUCUUCCUGAUCUGACUUCCAUCGAGUUGAGGUGACUGAGGGAAGUUAAUCACAUGUGAUCCUUUCUGACUGCCCAUUCGUGCCCUGGUAGAUACCCUGACUUUCUAUUUUGCCGUAUUUUUCCAAGCUUGCUUAUUGACUACCCUGGGUAAAAAGGGUCCAUUUCGCUUCCUACAUGAAGUGGCUUUCACAUCUCUCCACUAGAAAGUCGCCGGCUCUGGUCGGAACUGCGUCUUUUCUUCCUACAAACUCUCUCAUGAAACACUAUAUUAUCCCGAAACCAUCCAUACUGUCCUCAGCUUCCACAUAUCAUACUUUCCACUCAACUACAACGUUGGCUCCAGGUGCUAGGUUCUUCUCAACUCAAUUACCCUACACUUCUCCACGAUAUCUCCCCACCACCCCUCGUCAUCCGCACCGCGGGGUCCUGCACAUCCCACCAACCCACAUACGCAGCUAUAAACAGACUCAAGGUCUCAGUCUCACUUACAGGUCCAAUCCGAGAGCCAUGUCUUCAGCAGCAAACCUAGUCGAAUCGGCCAAGAAAUUGGCCGCCUACCAGGCAGUCAAUGACCACCUCGAUGCUUCUUACAAGUUCGUCGGCAUUGGUUCUGGCAGUACUGUUGUUUACGUUGUCGACGCCAUUGUCAGCAAGGGUCCUGAGUUCUACAAGGAAAUGACCUUUAUUCCUACUGGAAGCCAGUCAAAGGGUCUCAUUCGCGCUGCUGGUCUCAACCUUGUCAAUCUUGAUGAGAGACCUGUCGUGGAUGGGCUUCCUGUUCCUCUUGAUGUUGCCUUCGACGGCGCUGACGAGGUUGACGAGGAUCUCAAUCUUAUCAAGGGUGGUGGUGCUUGUCUGUUCCAGGAGAAACUGGUAGCAAUUGCUGCUAAGAAGUUCAUUGCCGUCGCUGAUUACCGAAAGCAAUCUCCCAGAUUAUGUACCACCUGGAAGACCAUUCCCAUUGAGGUCCUUCCCCUAUCUGCCCCUGAUGUUUUGACCCGUCUUCGAGCAAUGGGCUCAGCCAACCCUGUUGUCCGUUCAGGCCUCCCUAGCAAAGCUGGAGAAUGCGUGACAGACAACGGUAUGUGGCUUAUCGACGCCCCAUUUUCUCCCUUGCUUCUUCCCAAGGACAUCAGGUCGGAAGGGGAUGGUCGUGGAAAGGACGGUGCCUGGGAAGUUAAUGCGCUCGCUGAGGAAUUGGUUCGAACCCCUGGCAUCGUUGAAAUUGGACUGUUCCACGGCUUUAACGGCAGUGAAGCCGUGAAGCUGGGCAAGCAACUUCAAGCACAGAAGCCAAUUGCUGCUUAUUUCGGCCUCGCCAAUGGUGAGGUGCAAGUACAAAAUGCGGCUUGAACGGCUCAGAGUAUAAACUGGGAACGGGGCAUGGAAGAUGCAACAGUUCUUGACGGAUAAUUGCCAAGCCCGAUAAACAAAAUGUGGAGAACAAUCAUAAUGAAGUGAAGGGAACGGAUCGUUAACCAUAUAAUAAGAUGUUCUGAAGCGGCAUGGUUGAUGAAAGUGUAACGGGAUAGAAGCGAAAUGAUUGACCAGCACAAGCCAGUCGAAUCAACAUUAAAGUUUCUUAUGUAACGAUCGUAGGCUCGUAGUCCUGGUUGUAUUAUACAAGCUCCUGCACUCAGAUCCACACGCUAUGCUUGAUAUCCUAUUUUGUGUACGAGGUAGCCAGGCUUCUUUCGCAUCUUGAGUA